AUGGUGUAUUGGCUGUAUGGAGGGAGUGGCUUGAUUCGAGUCGGAUCGAAUCGGAUUCCAGUCAAUGGCCACCCAAACUCCAGACUAUUUCAGGCUCUCUCUUCUCUUGACCGUUUCCUCUUCACCCCCCCACAACAACAACCAAAAAAAAAAAAAAAAAGAAAAAGAAAACAAACAAACAAACAAACAUUAAUAACACUUUCAUAAAUAAAAGAUGAACAAUCAGCAGAUAUCCAACUACCCCCCUCCUGCCCGACACCAUCCAACUGACUCACAAACACCCACAAGCGAGUACUCAUCCCCCUUGCCUCGCUACACCUCACCACUCAACCCAAACCCAACCCACAACAACCUCAACAACCGAAACAGACAACCAAACCAACACCAUCAACAACAACAUCCAGAACAACAACAACACUACCAACAACAGCAACAACAACAACAGUACCAACAGCGUCCCUACAACAACAACAUGAACCAUCAUCCCCAACAGCAGUUCAACAACCCUCCCCAUCCUCUCAGCAACCCCACCUACCUCGACUCAUCCCCAACACUCUCAACCGAGCCGCAGACACUCUCCGGAUCAUCGCCGCAAACCCCAUCGGCCCAAUCCCUCGAGAAAUCUGCCUCGCCGAUCGACCCACACCAUCACCAAAACAACCUCUACCAACAGGCACCCACCUCGGCCUCACCCGAGCUCAACCUCUCCUCCCGUCCAUCCAGCUUCAUCGCCCGUCGCGAGAUCGUCCACCAUUCCCCCCUCGAUAAGCUCCAUCGAGCCUGGACUGGCGCCGCUAUCGGCGACUCCGGCAUCGACGAUCGUCAUGUCAAGAAGAAACGGCUCGGAUACCUCGAUGGCCUCAAGUUCUUUGCCGCCGUCAUCGUCAUGAACGGCACCCUCUUCGAUGCAGUCUUGACCGAGAACGACUAUAAGCCCCUCCAACGAGGCUCACCCCUCUACAUCUUCCGAUCCACCAACCUAGGCAUCUCGAUGAUGUUAUUGCUCACAGGGAGAUGUUUGAUUGCCCCAUUAUGGGAUGCGCCGACUCCGCAUGCGAAGCUCUUGAUGAAGAACCAGGACCCAAACAAGCCGUUGAUCUCCUGGCCCCGUCUCACUCGAGCCAUGCUCAUCAGACCCUUCAGGUUCCUCCUGCCCGUCAUCGCCGUUGCUGCUCUCCAAUGGGGGCUUGCCUCCGGUGGCGACGGCAGAGCGACCAGGAACUGCAAUAAUGCAGGGAUGACCGAACCCUACUGGGCUAACAUCGACCGCUUUGCAGGCUUCAUGACCUUGUUCUUCGACUUGUUUACCUACUUUGAAGUCGAUACGAUCGCCGGAAAAGCUUUCGGUGCGAACUUGUGGACUGUUCCUUGGCUCUUCCAAUCUAGCUAUGCGGUCUAUGUGACCCAUUUCAUGCUCGGCAACUUACCCUCGAACCGAUACUGGGUCUAUGGGAUUCUGAUGGCUUUCAGUUGGACCAGUUUGAAUUACUUUGCGUUACCAAUCACCGGUCUGCUCAUUGCUGAUAUGGCUGCCCAUGGCCAAAUUGCCAAGUUGAGAAAGAUGCCGAUGAUGAGCCGGAUCGGGAUGCGCUUAGGAUUAUUGGUGUUAGCACUAGCGACCCAAUGGGUACCAAUCAUCCGGGACAACCUGAACAUGGGGAUGGCGCAGAUCAACGUACAAUCCCAUGGGGAGCUGACAUUUGCCGACUGGAUCUUCGUGACAGUGAUCUUGUUUAUUGUGGAGACCUCGGAGGUCGCCCAGAUGAUCCUAUCGAACGUUGUGUUCAGAUUGCUUGGUAAGCUCUCGGCGGGGAUCUACCUGCUCGCACCCGCGAUCGUCUUCACCAUCGUGCCCACGAUGGCCCUCAGACUCCACGACACCCAGACCUAUCAGGCCGCCGGCGUCCUCGGCAUCUCCUGGUGUCUCCUCGUCGGCGCUUGCUUCGGCUCCGCCGUCCUCUUCUAUCUCGUUGUCGAAUGUCCCUCAAAACUCCUUGGCGAAGUCGUUGUCAACUCGAUCGAAAAACUCGGCGUCGAUCCCGAAUUGGCUAAGCGUGAUGCUGAAGACCUCAAGGCUUUGAUGGCUGGUGCCAAGUAAUCCUUAUUGGCUUUUCUCUUCUUUUUUUUGGGGGGGGGUGUCUUUUUUCUUUCAGACUUUGCUCGAUUUAUCCUUCUUCUCUUUCUCCCUCUUCCUCUUAUCAAAUUCAACUGGUAUGGUAGUAGUUUGCAUACAAUCAAAAACAUAAACCCCCAAAAAAGAAAAUUGUUAUCUCUCUCUCUCAUUUUGACUCGACUUUCUUUUUUCUUUUUCUUUGAUUGGUUCUACUAACAUCUUGUCCUUUGACUGGACAACUCAAAUGAUUUCCUGACUUUUACUCUCCAUGAUCAUCAAUCAAACAAAAGUGUUUGUUACUUCUUCCUAAUUUUCACAUUAUGAUCCAUGAGAUUGAUGAUUAUUCCUACAGUUUGAUCUAACUACUACUACCACUACAUUUUUCUCUCUCUCUUUCUUUUGAUAUUGGUAGUAGGUAUAUGGACUCUUCCUCACACAUCACAAAUAAUCCUAGGUUUUUUCUUUUCUUUUUUUUCCUUUUUUUUUUCCUAGUGAUCAAUGUGAUCAUCAUAAACACAAUCAAAUAUAAAGACUUGAUAAUACAACCAACAUUCCAAGUUUUAACUCUUUUGUUUUUUCUUUUUUUUUUUAAAAAAAAAGGAGGAUUCCUUCAUAUCUAUCAAAGACUCUUUUUCCUUUGAUCACAAUCAAUCACUUUGAUUGUUUGCUUAUCUUUCUUCAGCUUUUUUGUCACUCCCCUCCUAUCAUUAGAAGUAAUACAGAUACAAACAGGCC